GCUUAGGGGAAAGAGAGACUUCUCUCUGGUUAUCCCUGACGCGCCAUAACUCCCGAUUGCCAAGGCCAGGGGCUACUGCAGCCAUGAGCACUACCUUUGUUCAGAGCUCCUCUUCUACCUAUGGGGGUGGCUUUGGUGGCGGCUCCAUUCGGGGGACCUCUCUCCUGGCUGGUGGGGGCUAUGGAGGAGGAAGUCUCCACGGAGGUGGUGGUGGUCGGAUUUCUGCCUCCUCAGCUAGGUUCGUCUCCUCUGGGUCUGUGGGGGGCUACGGUGGUGGGAUGAGUUAUGGCUUUGGUGGAGGGACUGGUGGUGGAUUCAGUGGGGGAGUCUGCGGUGGAUAUGGGGGAGGCUUUGGUGGUGGCUUUGAUUUGGGUGGUGGAGAUGGUGGCCUCCUGACCGGCAAUGAGAAAAUCACCAUGCAAAACCUCAAUGACCGCCUGGCAUCCUACCUGGACAAAGUACGGGCUCUGGAGGAGGCCAACACUGACCUGGAGGUCAAGAUCCGGGACUGGCAUCUGAAGCAAAGUCCCACGAGCCCUGAGCGGGAUUAUAGCCACUAUUACAAGGUCAUUGAAGAGCUCCGGGAUAAGAUCCUGGCAGCCACUAUUGACAAUUCUCGGGUCAUUCUGGAGAUUGACAAUGCCCGACUUGCUGCUGAUGACUUCAGAAUCAAGUAUGAGAAUGAGUUGGCCCUACGUCAGAGUGUGGAGGCUGACAUCAAUGGCCUGCGCAGGGUGCUGGAUGAAUUGACCCUUUCCAAGGCAGACUUGGAGAUGCAGAUUGAGGGUCUGAAUGAGGAGCUGGCCUAUCUCAAGAAGAACCAUGAAGAGGAAAUGAAAGAAUACCAGAACCAGCUGGUGGGUCAGGUCAAUGUGGAGAUGGAUGCAGCCCCAGGGGUAGACCUGACCAGAGUGCUUUCUGAGAUGCGAGAGCAAUAUGAAGCCAUUGCGGAUAAGAAUCGUCGAGAAGCUGAGGCCUGGUUCUUUAGCAAGACUGAAGAACUGAACAAAGAGGUGGCUUCCAGUACAGAAAUGAUCCAGACCAGCAAGACUGAGAUCACUGACCUGAGACGCACGCUCCAGGGGCUGGAGAUCGAACUACAGUCUCAGCUCAGCAUGAAAGCAGGGCUGGAGAGCUCCUUGGCAGAGACAGAGUGCCGCUAUGCCACCCAGCUGCAGCAGAUCCAAGGGCUGAUCAGCAACCUCGAGGCCCAGCUGAGUGAUCUCCGGAAUGAGAUGGAAUGUCAGAACCAGCAGUACCAGAUGCUGCUGGACAUCAAGACCCGACUGGAGCAGGAGAUCGCCACAUACCGUAACCUGCUGGAGGGCCAGGACUCAAAGAUGGUUGGCUUCAGUACCAGAGAAGGCUCCCUUAGUGGAGGUGGUGGUAGCAGCAGCAGCAGCAGCAGCAAAAUCCGCAUCAACAUGGAGGAGUCAGUGGAUGGGAAGGUAGUUUCUUCCCGAAAAAGGGAAAUCUAAAACUUCCCUCCAGAAGAAGAAAGUCCCUCGCCUGACAGGCUGAGAGCACAAGCAGUCAAUGGGGAGGAGGAUGGAAAGUCCAGUCCUUGCCCUGGAAACCGGAUGGCAAACAUAGGACCUGCCAUACUCUUAUUGUUUCUCUCCUCUCCUUUCUCCCCAUCUCACUAUACCCCCUUUUUCAGUAGUAUAUUCCUAGGGUGGAAGCUAGGGGAAGCGAUUGUAUUUUGUAACCAGUGCUCAACUGAGCUGUUUCUUUCUGUGAAAUAAAGUUUUUUUUCCUUUCUUUUGCAA